GUGGCCGCAUAGUUGUCUGAUGAGUCAGGAAUGUGGUUGCAUGCCUUACACAUGAGCUAUUACUGAACACAGGCCCCAGUAGAGCACAGCCAGUGCGCUCAUUCACAGACGGGGAGGGAGCGAGCGAGCGAGAGGGAGGAGGCUCAACAAUAGAGAGGCAGGAGCUCGCCGAGCCAAAGUCAGAAGCGAAGAGACGCGCCAGAGGGAAGAGUGCUUUUCAUCUCCACCUCUGAUCCCUGUCCAGCGCUCGUCUGAGCUCCGAGUGGAUUGUGGAGGUUUUCUGCGCGUCUCCUGGAUGCCCGUUGACUUGGUGAUCCCUCCUCCGCUGUGGACAGACAUGCACGAGAGCGAGAUGAGGCUGAAGAUGCGCGUCAGGCGCAUCAAAGAAGGGCGAGAUCUGAGAGGUGGCUUUGCAGCUUUCUCUUCCUGUUUUCCUGACCUGUGUGAGAAUAAACCAGCCACUAUUCUACCUAUCAGUCUGUCCCAACCCUGUUUACCUGUGGCCAAUGUUGGUCCCACCCGCAUUCUGCCCCACCUGUACUUGGGCUCCCAGAGAGACGUCCUCAAUAAGGAACUGAUGACUCAGAAUGGAAUCACCUACGUUCUAAAUGCCAGCAACACUUGCCCCAAACCUGACUUCAUCAGCGACAGCCACUUCAUGCGCAUUCCCAUCAACGACAGCUACUGCGAGAAGCUGCUUCCUUGGUUGGAAAAAACCAACGAGUUCAUUGACAAAGCCAAGGUGUCAAACUGCAGAGUCAUCGUCCAUUGCUUGGCUGGCAUAUCCCGCUCUGCAACCAUUGCCAUUGCCUACAUCAUGAAAACUAUGGGCCUGUCUUCAGAUGAUGCCUACAGGUUUGUGAAGGACCGUCGGCCGUCAAUAUCUCCGAACUUCAACUUCUUGGGAGAUAGAUGUAGAGUUAUGAUGGUCGGUACAGCAGAUGGCAGAGUUUCCCUCAAUCUGAAGCAGGAUAACUGCGAGCCAAGACCCCAGGAGACCAGCUUGAAGGCGCCUUCUUUCCUCAGUUUGCCGCUGGGUACAUCUGCUUCUUGGACCAUGCAUAGAGGCUCAAAUGAGGCCACCACCCCUAUCACACCCACGGGUGACUGCCAUUGGUUCUUAGGCACUAAUUUGGCACCAUCUGGAACAGGGAGCACCAUGCACUUUGGCAGCAGUCCUGCCUGUGGCAACUCCAAGCCCAGCAAACACCGAAGGGACAAAACGCCGGAGCCACUGGACUUUCAAAACAAUUGGCUCGAGGAUGGGAAAGCAGUAGUGUGCAGUGUAUCGCAAGUGGACAUGAAGUACAAGCGCCGCAGCUGCCAGAUGGAGUUUGAAGAGGGUAUUAACACAACACAAAGCAGCGAGGAAUUUGGGAAGCUGGGCAAGCAAUCCAGUUUCUCUGGUAGCAUGGAGGUCAUCGAGGUAUCCUGACAAAGAUGACAAUCCAACUCCAGUGAAAGCUGUUUAUUUAUUACAGAGUUCUGUUGUUAAAGAGCUUCGCAUCUAAGAGGGACUCGUCUCUGCCACCUUUUUCAAACCAGGGUUGAAAAUGGGUCAUUUAGGAUACACUAAAUAUAGCACUCACACCAAAGACCUCACGGAGUGACCUUUUUCUGGCAUGUCAUCCUAUGGUACACUCAAAAUGAAGGAGGACUGACGGAGGACGUUCUUUUAGCAUGAUCAUACAAAGACACUAAACAUGAAAGAAUGAAAUGAGUGUGUGUAUGUGUGUGUUUAUGCUGGUUUUGAUGCAAAUUAGGGCUGCCACACUUAACAGUGACUUCUUACCUUCGGCCUGAGGGGGAACUGUACAGUAUGUAUGCCCAAGUUUGAGAAGAUCUAUUUAGCUAUAAAUUGAGUAAAGAAGGGCAGUUGCAUUCAAUAAUGUCCCUAUUCAGUGUUAUACUUUUUAUCAACAGUGUAAUACAAGAGUGAAAAUAUGAAGUGUAUGUAUCUCUCAGAUCUACUACUGUGCACUGAGCAUGCUCAGAAUGGCUGGCUACCUACAAACAGACAAGCUGCACCCAGCAGCACUAUGUACUAAGCUGUAAAUCUAGACAUAGUUAC